AUGGCCGACAUCUUGCUUCCGCGCAACAUAGGAUCUUCUACCUCCACUCCUCAAAUAGUUACAAUUCAAAGUGAGAACGCCCCGCUCCCUGCCGGCGUCACCCUGACUGAGACCAAUUAUGCCUUAUGGUCUCAAGUCAUAGAGAUACGCAUUGCUGCUCACGAAAAAUUAGGUUACCUAACUGGUGACACUCAAAAGCCUCUUGAGCUCUCAUCCACUUACAACAAAUGGUGUACCGAGAACUUUCGGGUCAAGAGUAUCGCCAAAGAAAUAUGGGCCGUUGUCAAGAAGACCUACUAUGAUGGUGGCGAUGAAACUUAUCUUUUUUAUCUCAACAAAUGGUCGUUCACUAUUAAACAGAACGGUGCACCCGUUCAUAAAUACUACAGCCAGCUGCAGGGCAUCUUUCAAGAAAUUGACCAUCGAAGUCCUAUCCACAUGCACUGUGUCGUCGAUGUGACUGAGCGUCAGACAAAACUAGAUUGUCUUCGUGUUCACCUUUUUCUUGCCGGUGUUGACCCUAAGUUUGAUCAAGUCCGGGGGGAAAUCCUACACAAAGAUCCCCGAAAUUAG